AUGCUUAGAAGAAUACCUAAAAACUUGCGUAUUCCAAUUAGAUCUAAGUUUGUCAACCCUAGUCCACUCACAUCCUUCUCGAUAAUGUCUUAUUCAACAAAUAAUGGUGGAUACCUUGAGGACGAUGUCAUUUUCUCCAACAAGAACCUUGCCAGAGUGAUUGAAUUGAAUCGUCCCAAGAAGUUGAAUUCGCUUAACACGUCUAUGGUAAGCAAGAUUACGCCAAGAUUGCUUGAAUAUUCUAAAUCUUCAGUAAACAAUCUAGUUGUAUUGACAUCCACAUCUUCCAAAGGACUCUGUGCUGGUGGGGACGUUGCAGAAUGCGCAAAGCAAAUUGUUGACAACAACCCAGGCUAUGGUUCAGACUUCUUUCAAAAGGAGUACAACUUGAACUAUUUGAUUGCUACUUACUCCAAGCCGUAUGUGGCUCUCAUGAACGGUAUCACUAUGGGAGGUGGUGUAGGGUUAUCAGUGCACUCUCCCUUCAGAGUUGCCACUGAGACCACCAAGCUUGCAAUGCCUGAAAUGGACAUUGGGUUCUUCCCCGAUGUUGGUACCACCUUCUUUUUGCCAAGAUUGGAUGAAAAAUUGGGGUACUACUAUGCCUUGACUGGUAACAUCUUGAGCGGAUUGGACGCCUACAUGCUUGGAUUUGCUACUCACUACGUUUCCAGUGAAAAGUUAGAUCAAUUGACUAAUAGACUUUCAAACUUGCAGCCACCAGUCGUGAACGAUACCCCAGCUGAAGAGAAUCACUCGUCGAUUUUACAGAGCACCAGACAGUUCUUCGCUCAAGUCAACCAAGUUAUCGAAGAAUUUUCUGAAAAUAAGUUACCUGAAGAUUACAAACUCCCAUUCACUACUGAAGAGAUCGAUCUCAUUAACCAAGCCUUUCUGCAACCAACUGUGGAAGACAUAUUAACCUACUUGCACAAAGAUGGUGGCGAAUUUGCCAUGAAGACUUACUACAAGUUGAAGACUAAAUCACCAACUUCGUUGAAGGUUGCGUACGAAUUGUUAAACAGAGGCUCAAAGAACUCAAUCCGUCAACAAUUCGAACAGGAAUUGAUAGCUGCCACCAAUAUUAUGAACAUAAACGUGGAAAAAUCCGACUUUGUAAAAGGUGUGUACCACAAGUUGGUUGACAAAGUAAAGGACCCUUCCUUCCCAGAAUGGAAUGAAAUUCAUAACACUGAGUUGAUCACCCCUGAAGAGGUUGAAAAGAUCUUAUCCAAAUCAAUGGCUACUGCUAAAUUGGACCAACCAUUAUUAAGUAAGUUCUUCGGUGUAGACUACAAGGACUAUCCAUACAACAUGGGAUUACCAAACAACAAGCAAGUCGAAGCCUACAUUACAGGUAACGAUGGCAGUGGUAGAAGCUACUUACCAACUCCAUCUGAAGUUGUAAAGUAUUUCAAAACCACUACUGGAGACAAGUUGGGUGUUGAAGAAAAGGUUAAGUUCAUUUUAAGCUUACACGGAGAAGCUUCCAAGUAUGACAACAAGUACGUUUCAUGGAAGUAA